AUGGAGGAGAUUUCUAGAGCAAUAAUUUUCCUUAAUAUUAAAGAAGAGUCUUGUACCUCCUCGGAAGCUUUAAGACAAAGUAAUAGAGACGUACAUACUGAAGAUAAACUUCACAGAAACGAAAUGUUUAGUAAGACAUUUAACCGAAAAAGUGUUUUGCAUAAGCAUGAAAGAGCUCAUACAGGUGAAAAACUAUAUCAAUGCGAGGUUUGUCAUAAAUCAUUUAGUCGAAAACCGAUUCUAGACAGGCACAAGAGGAUAGCACAUUACAAUGAAACACUUUACAAGUGUGCCCAAUGUGGGAACUGUUAUGCAACAAAACAAAAUUUGGAUCAUCAUAUAAACAGGAAGCACAACGGUGAAAGACCGUAUAAAUGUGAUAAAUGUCCAGCUACAUUUGCCCAUCGUGGGACCCGUAUAUAUCAUACAUACAGAACACAUUUAGGCGGGAAACCAUAUCUUUGCGAGGUUUGCGGCAGAACCUUCGCUACCAAAGAUAACAUACACGUACACAAAUUUGUACAUAGCGAUAAAAAGCAGUAUGAAUGUAUGAUGUGUGACAAGAGCUUCUCGCAAAAAAAAAUAUGCUAUUGCACAUAUGAAAGCUCAGGGUCACAUAAGGAUGAAAUUAGUAAAAUAUAA